GAGCCCCAGGACGCACCCUGGGGCGCCUGCCUCCGCCGCGCCUCCCUCGGCACUGGCCUCCGGCGGACCUUUCCGAUUUUGUUUUUUUCCAGAAGGAAAAGAAUUUCCGCUGUGCGAAUCAUGUUGACUCCGGCCCCCGCGUCCUCCUACCUCACGGACCUGGCCGCUGCGGGGUGUUCCGGAGCCCUUCUUUCUAAGGACCAAAUCUGCCUUCCUGAAGAAAAUAUAAAGUCAGAAAGGGUGUUGGCUAACUGUCUGACAACUUGUUACCAGGACUUGGUGACCUUUGAUGAUGUGGUUUUGGACUUCACCCAAGAUGAGUGGAUUCUGUUGGAUCAAACUCAGAGAAACCUCUAUAGAGAUGUCAUGCUGGAGAACUACAAGAACUUGGCCUCAUAUCUUUGUACAGUGAGAAUAUGCUGGACAAAGGGUUGGUUCAUGGGACAGAGCAGGAUGUGCAAGCUUUCAUCAUGCUCCUCAAAUGGUGUGGACUUUGAAACUUACAAAUUGAUGGUUUGGAACUUUGUAUAUAACACAUCUGGCUGGAUUUGAUGGCAGUUAACUGAAACCAAGGAUGCCAGCUCAUCAAACCUGACUUGAUCUCUUGGUUAGAACAAGAAGAGGUUUUGAAGACAGUAGAUAGAGGAAUUCUCCAAC